AUGGAACGCCCCCCAGAAAGCCCCCCCCCCCCCCCCCAGGCUCGCAGCGACCCUCUCUUCGUCCUCCAGUGGAGCUCCAUAGUUAGGGAUGUAGUGGUUGUUAUAGGGAGCUCCAUAGUUAGGUAUGUAGUGGUUGUUAUAGGGCGCUCCAUAGAUAGGGAUGUGGUGGUUGUUAUAGGGCGCUCCAUAGAUAGGGAUGUGGUGGUUGUUAUAGGGCGCUCCAUAGAUAGGGAUGUGGUGGUUGUUAUAGGGCGCUCCAUAGAUAGGGAUGUGGUGGUUGUUAUAGGGCGCUCCAUAGAUAGGGAUGUGGUGGUUGUUAUAGGGCGCUCCAUAGAUAGGGAUGUGGUGGUUGUUAUAGGGCGCUCCAUAGAUAGGGAUGUGGUGGUCGCGGAAGCCAGGACGCACAGCUUCCCUUGAGUCCAUGUUCGUGACAUAGAUCACCAGGUCCCUGCUGUAACGGCGAGGCACCCGAAUGCUCACACAGUAGUCAUUCAUGUUGGUACAAACAACAUCAAUCUUCAUAAAUUGGAGCAAAAAUUGACUUCAGAGUCUCAUAGACAAACUACAGGAGACAGCAGGUUUUCAUGUCCAGGCCUCCACCAGGUUAUGGAACGCUUUAGUCCUCUCCUCUGGUACACUGAUGGAUUAAAAUCCUACUGUUCCUCGAUGGAUUUGGAGUACAUUAACACGUUUGGCCAAAGUCUUACAAGAGGGAUGGCUUGCAUCCACGCUGACCCUCAACACGGGGGCCCUUCAGGGGUGUGUGCUUAGUCCCCUCCUGUACUCCUUGUUCACCCAUGCCUGCGUGGCCGCGCACGAUUCCAACGCCAUCAUUAAGUUUGCUGACGACGCAACAGUGGUGGGUCUGAUCACCGACGACGAUGACACAGCCUAUAGGGGGGAGGUCAGAGACCUGGCAGUGUGGUACCAAGACAAUAACCUCUCCGUCAACGUCAGCAAGACAAAGGAGCUACAGGAAACUUUGGGCCAAGCACGUCUCAUCGUCGUCAGUGAUCAUGCCUACCACCAUUGUGUCAUCGGCAAACUUAAUGAUGGUGUUGGAUUUGUGCGCGGCCACUUCCAUUUGCAGAGGAAGGUGUUCAGUCCCAGGGUCCUUAGCUUAGUGAGGCGCUUGGAGGGCACUAUGGUGUUGAAGGCUGAGCUGUAGCCAAUGAAUAGCAUUCUCACGUAGGUGUUCCUUUUGUCCAGGUGUGAAAGGGCAGUGUGGAGCGCAAUAGAGAUUGUGUAAUCUGUGAAUCUGUUGGGUCAGUAUGAGAAUUGGAGUGGGUCCAGUGUUUCUGUGAUGAUGGUGUUGAUGUGAGCCAUGACCAGCCUUCCAAAGCAUUUCAUGGCUACAGAUGUGAGUGCUAAGGGGCGAUAGUCAUUUAGACAGGUUACCUUGGCGUUCUUGGGCACAGGGACUAUGGUGGUCUGCUUCAAACAUGUAGGUAUUACAGACUGGGUCAGGGAGAGGUUGAAAAUGUCAGUGAAGACACAUGCCAGAUGGUCAGCGCAUUCUCUGAGUACGCGUCCUGGUAAUCCGUCUGUCCCUGCGGCCUUGUUAACCUGUUUCAAGGUCUUACUCACAUCGGCUAUGGAGAGCGUGAUCACACAGUUGUCCGGAGCGGCUGGUGCUCUCAUGCAGGGUUCAGUGUUGCUUGCCACGAAGCGAACAUAGAAGGCAUUUAGCUCGUCUGGUAGACUUGCGUCACUGGGCAGCUCUUGGCUCGGUUUCCCGUUGUAACCUGUGAUAGUUUGCUAGCCCUGCCACAUCUGACGAGCGUCAGAGCUGGUGCAGUAGGAUUCCAUCUUAGUCUACUGACUCUUUGCCUGUUUGAUGGUUCGUCAGUGGGCAUAGCGGGAUUUCUUAGAAGCAUCCGGAUUAGUGUCCCGCUCCUUGAAAGCAGCAGCUCUAGCUUUUAGCUCAAUGCGGAUGUUGCCUGUAAUCCAUGGCAUCAGUUUAUGGUGGUAAAUAGACAGCUAGAAAAAAUCUAGAUGAAAACUCUCUUGGUAGAUAGUCACUUUAUAAUGAGGUAUUCUAACGCAGGCAAACAGAACCUCCAGACUUCCUGUAUAUAGCCAUGUUAUUACCUGGUACUUCCUGUAUAUAGCCAUGUUAUUACCUGGUACUUCCUGUAUAUAGCCGUGUUAUUACCUGGUACUUCCUGUAUAUAGGCGUGUUAUUACCUGGUACUUCCUGUAAUAGGCAUGUUAUUACCUGGUACUUCCUGUAUAUAGCCAUGUUAUUACCUGGAACUUCCUGUAUAUAGCCAUGUUAUUACCUGGUACUUCCUGUAUAUAGCCGUGUUAUUACCUGGUACUUCCUGUAUAUAGCCAUGUUAUUACCUGGUACUUCCUGUAUAUAGCCGUGUUAUUACCUGGUACUUCCUGUAUAUAGGCAUGUUAUUACCUGGUACUUCCUGUAUAUAGCCAUGUUAUUACCUGGUACUUCCUGUAUAAAGGGCUCGUAACUGAGCAUUUCACGGUAAAGUCUACACCUGUUGUUUUUCAGCGCGUGUGACAAAUACAAUUUGAUUUGAUUUGAAAGGGGCAAAAGUUAUCUCGACCAACACGGAGGAGGCUCUAAUAAAAGAUUGACUCAAAAAUAGCCCAACCCCUGCUCAGGUAACUCAUCCCAUUCCCAGUAUUUCACAGCGUUAUCAUAGUACUGCUACAGAUAUUCCCAGGGGUAUUGUCAGUAACAAUCUUGUGACCAUAAAGUUGAAUCCCACUGUUAGCUCUGUUACUGUUAGCCCUGUUACUGUUAGCUCUGUUACUGUUAGCUCUGUUACUGUUAGCUCUGUUACUGUUAGCUCUGUUACUGUUAGCCCUGUUACUGUUAGCUCUGUUACUGUUAGCUCUGUUACUGUUAGCUCUGUUACUGUUAGCUCUGUUACUGUUAGCCCUGUUACUGUUAGCUCUGUUACUGUUAGCUCUGUUACUGUUAGCUCUGUUACUGUUAGCUCUGUUACUGUUAGCCCUGUUACUGUUAGCUCUGUUACUGUUAGCUCUGUUACUGUUAGCUCUGUUACUGUUAGCCCCAUUGGGAAGCCCACUGUGGUCAGCUCGUCCAGUGCUAUUAUUUCUAAUACCCUGAGUAUGGAGACCCCCCGCUGUUUUCAAAUCAUGUAGAGGGUUGGGCUGUUACCUAUCAACGUACAGAGGCUGAUGUCAAAGAUGGACCUUUCUGUUUAUCUGGGUGCAUGACACCAGCUCAGAUAUGUUGGUUCUCACAGAGACUUGGAUAAAAGGCUCGAUCCCGGAUAAGGACAUUGCUGAUUACAACACCUUCAGUUACGACAGACUGGAAAAGGUGGAGGGGUGGCUAUAUACAGCGUGAAAAAGGUGGAGGGGUGGCUAUAUACAGCAUGAAAAAGGUGGAGGGGUGGCUAUAUACAGUAUGAAAAAGGUGGAGGGGUGGCUAUAUACAGCAUGAAAAAGGUGGAGGGGUGGCUAUAUACAGCAUGAAAAAGGUGGAGGGGUGGCUAUAUACAGCAUGAAAAAGGUGGAGGGGUGGCUAUAUACAGCAUGAAAAAGGUGGAGGGGUGGCUAUAUACAGCAUGAAAAAGGUGGAGGGGUGGCUAUAUACAGUAUGAAAAAGGUGGAGGGGUGGCUAUAUACAGCAUGAAAAAGGUGGAGGGGUGGCUAUAUACAGUAUGAAUAAGGUGGAGGGGUGGCUAUAUACAGCGUGAAAAAGGUGGAGGGGUGGCUAUAUACAGCAUGAAUAAGGUGGAGGGGUGGCUAUAUACAGCAUGAAAAAGGUGGAGGGGUAUAUAUAGCUAUAGCUGGCUAUAUACAGUGUGUGUAAUCAGCUUGACUGUUUUCUCUGGAUGAAUUUCAGGGACUUUCCAUUCAGCUCUGCGGUCAUCCCCUUUCCCGCUCUUUACACACACACACACACACACACACACACACGCACACACACACACACACACACACACACGCACACGCACGCGCACGCGCACGCGCACAACACACACACACACACACACACACACACACACACACACACACACACACACACACACACACACACACACACACACACACACACACACACACACACACACACACACACACACACACAGAUGUCCUCUAACCCAGGCUCAACACUCAGCCCUCAGCCCAGAUAAGGCACUCAGCCCUCAGCCCAGAUAAGGCACUCAGCCCUCAGCCCAGAUAAGGCACUCAGCCCUCAGCCCAGAUAAGGCACUCAGCCCUCAGCCCAGAUAAGGCACUCAGCCCUCAGCCCAGAUAAGGCACUCAGCCCUCAGCCCAGAUAAGGCACUCAGCCCUCAGCCCAGAUAAGGUUCGCAACAGUCAGUCAAUCAUCUGUAGACAUUCUCUAUAAGGUGUAAUUAUGUCAUAAACAAACUGUAUUUACUGUCAGGGGACACCUAACUUAAUGCAGAUGAGGUCUCUCUCACACACACAUACAAUGAGAAAUUGUCUUCUGUGGUAUUUAUCCCAGCUAGUGUUGUUGACAGUGGAACGUCCAAAUGUUGUCCUGGUCUUGAAUAAACCUAUUGACCACAGUUAGGGCCCACACCACAGCUGGUACCUAUUGACCACAGUUAGGGCCCACACCACAGCUGGUACCUAUUGACCACAGUUAGGGCCCACACCACAGCUGGUAUUCAAUGUCCAGUACAAUCUCUCUUUUACAAUCUCUCUCUCUCUCAGUUUUAUGAUUCACUACAGAAGAGUCAGUUCUAUGAUUCACCACAGAAGAGUCCGUUUUAUGAUUCACCACAGAAGAGUCAGUUUUUAUGAUUCACUACAGUACGUCCAGGCAAUGAAAAGACAUCUGAAAGAAUAUACUUUUUGACAGAAACACCACGUGUAUAACAAACACAAAACGUCCCAGUUAUGUCAAUUCUACUGUAUGUACAGUAUGGUAUCAUACUCUGUGUAUACACUGUCACCUACCGUAUGGUAUGUUUAAAGUAUCAUACUCUGUCACCUACCGUAUAUUAUGUUUAAAGUAUCAUACUCUGUCA